AUGAUCAACAACAUCGCCUCCAAUUUUCUACAUGCCUUAAGAGGAAGGUCCGCCAAUGUCUUCAGGUCCCAAGCGAUUUGUCGGAAUCUGUCAAGUUGCGUCAAGAUCAUUUUACUCAGCGACGCCAAUAUGAGGACUGCCGCUGUUCUGAGUCUGCUCGCCGCAGCCGAUCUCAUCGCUGCCUCUCCACUGCAGUGGCUCUGGUUGUCGAACAAGCGACAGGUAGAGUCGCAAAUGAACGACGUUGACAUCCUGCGCUACGCCUUGACGCUCGAGCACCUCGAAGACAAGUUCUACCGCGAAGGCCUCGCCAACUUCACCAAGGCAGACUUCCGCGCUGCAGGCUAUGACAACUCGUUCUACAAGAACGUCAAGGCCAUCAGCGCUCACGAGACAGCGCAUGUCGAGUUCCUGACAGCGGGUCUGGAAGCCGCUGGCGUCAAGCCCGUCGCCGAAUGCAAGUAUGCCUUUGGCAUCGAUUCCGUCGACGCAUUCGUCGCUACCGCCAGCGUUCUGGAAGGUGUGGGUACCUCCGCCUAUCUAGGUGCCGCGAAGCAGAUCUCCAACAAAGCCUACUUGACCGCCGCCGGCAGCAUCUUGACCGUCGAAGCCCGGCACAGCGCCUACCUGCGCGCCAACUUGCCCCAGAGCCCUUUCGCGCAAUCCCAAGACAACCCCCUGACACCAGAUGAAGUCCAUACUAUGGCCUCCGGCUUCAUCGUUUCGUGUCCCAAGGGCAACCCGACUUUUCCGAUCAAAGCCUUCCCGGGCUUGACCGUCACAACAACCGGCAAGAUCAGGGCCGGCGACCAGAUCACACUCGUCACCAACCGAUACGUCCUCGCGGCCGGAGCGAAAGGGGCGAAGUUGCAUGCAGUCUUCGUUACUGCGAAUGGGCCUGUGCACGCGCAGAUGAAGGCGAAGAAGGAUGGGAUGACGUUCACUGUUACGAUUCCGGAGCGUGUUCACGGGCAGAGUUAUUUGCUGUUGAGUAACUGCGAUGAGGCUGCGACGAGUGUGCCUGAUGAGACUGUGGUCGCUGGACCGACGUAUUUGGAGAUUAAGUGA